AUGUUUUUUCGUUCGAUGAUGAAAAUUUAUUUCUUGCGCGCGAUUUUUCGACAUUCUUGGUGAUUGUUUUGAAAUUUAAUUUAAUUUUGUUCAACAAAAGCAAACAAUGACAGAUUCGGAAUCUAUUUCUUUUGAGGAUGAUUAUGGAUUACCCGAUCAAAAUUGUGUUCGAUCAACUCAACUUGAUGAUAAACUUAUUCAAAAACUUUUAGAUGAAAAUGUUAAUGAUGAAGAAAUUUUACUUGAACUAAGUCAUCGUGAUGAUUUUCCUCAUUAUAUUCUUAAUCCUAUGCAUUAUAAUGAUGAUUAUCUUAUUGGAUUAACUAAUCUUAUUCGAAGAUUAAUGAAAAUUGAUCAUGAAUCCGUUAAUCGUUGGAUCGGUUUAGAACAAGUUGAUCGUGAUGAAAUUGUUUCAAUAUUUUCUUUUCUUUUCAAAAUUAUCGCCGAACAAACCGAAUCAUUUCUUUAUCCCGAAGUAAUUGAAUAUAAAAAUUUAAAAUUCAGUCUUUAUGAUUAUGUUACAUCGAUACUUUGUGCUUUCAUCAUGACAUUGAAUGAAGAUCAAUUUGCUGAAGUGGAAGAAUUUUUAUUCGAUAAACUAUUUUCAUCACAUCUAAUCAAUGCUUUAAUGGCAUCCGAUAUCCUAUGUUUUUGUUGUCGUAUUUCCGAUGCGUUUGCAUUGGAUAUGGCUGAAGUUUUAUUCAAAACAUUGAGUGAAAUUUGGUUCGAAGAUGUUCGAACUACCACUGUUGAACAUCAAUCAUCCAUAAAUGUUUUACGAUUUACCUAUCAAAUUCUAUUGAAUUUGGCCAAAAGAAUUUUUAAAUUUUUUGAUAAAGAUCAAUUUGGUCGAUUGAUUGAAUCAUGUCCAGUGCAAUCAAACCUAAUGAUAUGGAAUGAUUUUGAUUUAAAAGUUGUCAAUAUUAAUGUACCAAGAAACUGUCAAGUUAUUUAUGAAAAUAUUUAUAAUUAUACAAAAUUUACGGAAAAACCUGAUGAUUCAAUUAUUGAUAUUUUGGUUAGAAAUUUCAUCUCACGAUCAAACAACAACGUCGACGAUGAAUAUGAUUCAUUAUUACAUCUAAGACUUUUGAAAAAUAUCAAAACAUUAUUAAAUUUUUCACAUUUCAAUAGAAUAAUAUUGAAAAUGAAAAAUCUGCUUUUGCAAUCAACAUUGACCGAACAUCGUCUGGAAUUUUCUAUUGGUUGUUUGAAAUUGCUGAAUACAUUGGCCAUUGUCAGUGAUGAAAAAUAUCGAAAAUUUUGUUUCCAAAAUAAUUUCCAUCAAUUAUUAUUGGCACUAUUUCAAGAAUGUAGUAAGGAUUUCGUCAGUAAACUUUACUAUUUUUCAACAUUACAAAACAUUUUACAAAAUCCAUUAUUUACCGAUAUUUUGGCCGAUCAAUUGAAUCGUUGUAUCAAAACAUAUCUAAUAUUUCAAAUUGGAUAUUAUCAAGAUAAAAAAUGUUUAAUACAAGAUGAAAAAGAUAUUUAUUUAAAACAAUUGUUCAAAGCGGAUGAUAAUAAUGAUUUCAAUGUACCAUUUGAAGCUCGUUACAAUCAUAUUGAUAAGGAAAUUGAUGAUAUUCCAAUUGAUCAAUUAUUUUUUAAUCAUUUUAUCCGUGCGAAACAAAACGAAAAUCCUUUGGUAAUGAAAAAUGAAAAUCAUUUAAUCAAUGAAUUUCGUUUGUUUAUUGAAAAAUUAAAAAAUAUUGAUUUUGUUAAUCAAGAAGAAGAAGAACGACAAGAAUUUAUGUUGUUAUACAAUGAAUUGGGUGAAAUUUUCAAACAAAAAUAAUCAAUCAUCAUCAUCAUCAUCGUCGUUACGUAAAC